ACGUGGAAGCGGGUUCAGUUCAUAAAGGAUGUGACAUCGAAGGAAAUCCUUGUAAUUUUAAUUAUUUAGAAAAUGUUCGAUUUAAUUUCAAACAAUUAAUCAAUAAUGAUUCAAAUUAUUACGAUUGUAAGUUUUAUUCCAUUGUAGAUGAUUAUCGGAUCAAAAAAAUGUCGUUGUAUUUUAUUGAAAAAUUACGACAACAUUAUAAUAUUGUUUGUCGAAAUGAUUCAGAAUGUCUUCAAUUACAAGAUCGAAUCAUAAAAUUAUUUCAAUCAUCAUGUUAUUAUGAAAAUGAUGAAUUUCAAUCAAUAAAUAUGCUAGUCAAUCGAAUAAUUGAACGAUUAUCGAUAGCAGCGGUGAUUUCGGUCUGGAUCAUUUGUUGCCAAUCUGUGGUUAAAAAAUGGGCCUCCUGUCUACCCAAUUAUAAAGAUGACAAUCUUUUAGAUUAUUUACUUUACUGUUGGUUUCAAUUUCAACAUUCGAUAAAUUCAUUCUAUGCAAUGACUAUCUCGAUUCAACGAUUAACCUAUCGAUUGGUAAAACAUCACACCAUCGACUUAUUAAUGUCAAUGUUUGUUGAAAAUUUCAUAAUAAAUCAUCAAGAUAUUCUAUUCGAAUCGAUUUGGCGUGAAAUUCAAAACCAGAAGCAAAAUUCUAAUCAACAAAAUAACCGUGUUGAGCAAAUAUUCCAAUUAAUGAAAUAUAUCGAUGGUCAUUGUAAAAAUCCAAUAAUCUAUUAUCGUUGUUUUGGGUUUCCUUAUUUGAAACGAUUGAAAAGUGUCUAUCGAAAUGUAUCAAAUAAGUUAAUUAAUGACGAUCUUGCAAUCGAUCAAUUUGAUUUGAUUGGUUAUUUCCGUUUUGUUAAAUCGGCUAUCAAUGACGAACUUGCUUUGGCCAAACAUUAUUCAUUUAGUUUAGAUCUAAUUAAGAUGGAGGCUAAAUUAUUGUAUUCUGAAUUGAUUGGCCAAUAUCAAGAUGUUAUUUGUGAUUUUAAUCGAUUUCAACAAUGGAUUGAUUCGGAACGUUGGCUCGAUCUUCAAAAUCUAUUCAAUAUGAUCAGAUUUAAUGAAAACAUUUUGAAAAAAUUAGCAAAAAAUUUUGGCGAAUUUGUUCGAUUGAAAUUAUCAACAUCGAUCAAGUUGAGUGAUUGGAAAUCAAAUCACUAUAAUUGGCAAUUAACGUUUGAUUUUGUUCAUGAUUGUCAUCAAUUAUUUCGAUAUUGCUACAAUAUUAUUGAAAAAGUUUUCGAAAACGAAACAACUAUUUAUAGAUCAUUGAAUGAUGCCUAUCUUUAUUAUCUGAAUUCGAACAAUGCAUUUGCAUGCAUCAUAUCAUUGCUAAUACAUUUUGCUUCAAUAAUUAAUCUGGACGAUCCAACUAUUCUGAUAGAUGGCAAUCAACAAACAUUAAUUAAAUCAGCAUUUGAUCUAUUAAUGUUUAUUGAGGAUAAAUCUGCUAUCAUUUACUACAAUCGUCGUUUUUUAUGUCAACGAAUUUUAUUCGGCCUAAGCAAUUGCUCAAUGUUACAAGAUAUCGAACGAAUUGCAAAUUUUUUUGAUAUUAUAAUCAAUCCAUAUAGUCCUUUAAGUUUUAAUGUGAAAAUUUUAUUGAACGAUUAUCUUAAGUCUCAUCACUCUGUAGGUGACGAAAUAGAAAUCUUUUUAUUGAAUUCUUCACUUUGGAAUCUUGAUCGAUUGCAAUUGGAACGUACAUUUCGAAUUCCAAACGAAUUCAUAACCAUUUAUCAAUCUUUUAUCGAACAAUUCCUGCAGAAAAAUCCAAAGAAAAUUCUCACCCUUCAGCCAAUUUACUGUUCUGCAUUGGUUCAAUAUAUUAAUUCAGAAAAUUGUGAAUUUCAUUUUAUUGUUACACUUAAACAGAUGACAAUUUUAUCGAUUUUUAAUGAAUUUGAUAUGUGCAGUUAUAAACAAUUGGAAGAAACAACUGAAUUGAAAUCAGACCAAUUAAAAUCCUCAUUGGAAGUAUUCAUCAAAUAUAAACUACUACUGAUUUUAAAUACAACAAACGACCACGUUACUACUGAUUUGUCUUGCCAAACUUUUAUAUUCAACGAUCAUUUCAAAGGCAUUGAAAUCAUGAAUACAGAAAAUCAUUUAAAUUUAAUCAAUUGGAUCAAAUUAGAACAAUUAUCACUCAGCUAUGAUAUAGAGAAAAUUUUAAGCCUUUAUGAAACCGUUUCUAAUGCAACGAAUUCGUCAAAACAUUUUGAUGGAGGCAAUCGAAUCAUGGACAAAUAUUUGGUCAUCGAAGCAACUAUUAUACGAACUUUGAAAUGGAUGGUUUGCGUUGCUAACCUCGAAACAUUGCAACAAAAUAUCCGGCUGAAAUUGGCCUAUACACCUUAUGAGUCGAUUGUAUUGGAUACGGAUGAAUUCCGAAACAUAGUCAAUUCAUUACAAGAACGUGGCUAUCUUCAUUGUAUGGAAGAUGGUCGAAUAGUUUAUGAGCCAUGAAUAAAAUUUUAUCAUUUUUCAUUUUUCA